AUGUCUGCGAGAUCAAGGGUAGAUGUUCAGCCAUGUGAUAAACUUGGAGUUGGAAUAAAUUAUGGUGUCUGCUGGGUAUAUAAUUGGGAGAGUCAUCAACUUAAAGGGGAUGAUCCACUUCCCGGCGAUUAUGAUAUAUGGGUGCAUGCGUACUAUGCUCCGAUAUAG